CCAGAAUCUCAGGGAUCCAUGCUGGGAUUUCAAUGUUUUUAAAAUAUACAUUGAUGACUUUGAUGAAGGGAGCAGAGGCAUUGCAGCUAAAUUUGUAGAUGACGCCAAAGUGGAUGGAAGAAUUAACCAUUUGGAAAAGAAGCUAAAAACCAUCCAAAGGGAUGCCAAAGACCUCACAGAAACAAACGAAGAGUUGAUUCAGGCCAAACUUUCAUUGCAAAACGCCUAUAGCAAACUUCAGACUGAAUCUGACAACCAAGUUAUCGAAAUAGGAGAACUGAUGAAGGCAAAUCAACAAAUUAUGCGAGAGAAAAAUGAGAUGGCUGCAACGACAGAAGAAUUGAAAACAGAAGCUUCCUCUCUAAAGAGGCAAAUAGCAGACAGAACAAAACUGAAAAAUGAAAAUAAGGAUUUAUUACGGAAAAUACAGGAGCUACAGCAAGCGCUUGAGUCCAAGACUGUUCCCACCAAAGUCAGAACUGCAGAGGGAGCAGGCAACAGCAGCUGUGCAUGCAAAACAGUGGGCUACAACCCCAGAACAAAAAAAAGGAAAAACAUUUCCCUCAAACAGUACCAGCGUUUUCUCAACCGAUCCAUCAAGGAGAUGAGCAGAGUCUUUGAGCACCUCAAUAAGGAUGGAUGGGAAGAUGUAACAGGAGCCAGUGACUCCGAGGAGACUGCUGCUGAGAGUCUUGGAGAAAUGAUAGCAAGGACGGCUCAGGAAAGGACUCCGCCAGCAGCAAGAAAUCCG